AUGUGGGAGGUGGGCCCGGAGGCGGCGCGCGGAGCGGCUCCGCCGGGACGGGGUCGGAAAGGGAUUCCUGGCCGUGAGUUGAGCUACCAGCGCCGGAGUGCGGGUUCCGGAGCAGCGGCUCUCGGCUCUAACUCUCCGCUCGUCAGCCGCGGCCCCUGCCUGCCAGCCCGGCCACCCGCGGCCGUCGCCCGCGUAGCCCCGAGGGCCCCUCGCCUCACCUGCACGUGCGGCGCCCGCGCGCCGCGUCCGGCCGCCGAGAUGAGCGAGCUUAACACCAAAACAUCCCCAGCAACCAACCAGGCACCUGGUCCAGAGGAAAAGGGGAAAGCAGGCAACGCCAAGAAGUCUGAGGAGGAGGAGGAGAUCGACAUUGAUCUGACAGCACCGGAAACGGAGAAGGCUGCCCUUGCAAUUCAGGGCAAAUUCCGGCGAUUCCAGAAAAGGAAAAAGGAUCCCAGCUCCUGAAUAAUAAGCCUUGCCCUUGACCCUGCUCCCUUCUCUCCCCUUCUCCAAGUUCUGACUCCCAUGUCUCUUUGUCCCUCUAGCCUGCCCCUGAGGCAAGUUCAACCUUAUAUAUUAUUUUCUCUGGCCCCCUCAAGCCAUCCCAGCAGUAGAGGCACAAGGACCACGGGGAAGAUGAAUUCACUUGGCAGCCACUUGCCUGAGGGUGGACCAGUUUCUUCUGGGGAUACGGCUCCCAGAUCAGUACCUACGCCUGCCCUGUGAGGUUGAAGAGCAGGAGGCUUUGAGGCUGAAAGAGGGACCCCGACAAUGUGGGAUGGAGGGGAAAGCCUUCAGAGUAGGGUGCCCAAGGGUGAAGCGUAUGCACUGUUCUGCUGGUUACAACAUUCACACUUCAGGUAACAUUUUUUCCCCUUCACAUCUUUCUGCACCACCACUUCCAAUUUCCCUUCUAUGAGCUAAGCCACAGUGGGGGGCUAGAGACUCCCCUUUCCUUGACCAGACCUAAAGCAAGCGGCUUCCACGUUAGCACCUGCCGAGUAGGUUAGUUCCAAGGAAAGGGGACUGGGACUGGUAGGGGCAAGGAAAAGUUUCUUUCAUCCAGUCUAGGACCAUGAGGGGCAGAGGUGGGAAGCCUCAAGGGGCCCCAGGCAGGGACAUGGAACUGGAGAAGAUUCAGGGAGGAAAGAAAAGUGGAGCGGAGAUGCCUGGAGGCACAAGUCACUGCGGGCACAAGGGGACUAUUGAAGGACUCCCGGGGCUUUGCUAACCUGCCUACCUCUAAUCCCCCACGUCUAGCCAUCCCCAGGGGCCACACAAGUCACCUGACCCCUGUAGCUCCCACUGCCUCACUGUGGAGUCAGGGCAGAAGUGGAAUAGCCGCUCUAUGUGAUUUUAGCGUGCUUAAUGAUUAUAGAUACACACACACACACACACAGAGCCCUCAAAUUGGGUCAUUUAACCUCUACUUGUGUUUUUUUCCUGCAAGGGAUCUGAAUGUAAGCCUGAGCUGGCCUCAGGCAGGGUGGUAGAGCAACUGCGUGGAUUACAUGGUAGCACGGAAACGGACGCUGCCUGAGCAGUUUUCAGGCUGAAGCCCACCCCUACCCUCCUUCCCCCAGCCUUGUCCUCACCUUGAUUCCCCGCCCACCUUGUUUUUAUCUGCUGCUGUCACCACCCACGGUGAGCACCUGCGAGGGCGCUCGGCUCCCCCUUUCCCCUUCCAGCUAAGAGCACACUGGGUGUCUGUCUCUGAAAACAAACCCAACCUUCCUGCCCCAUCCCCCAGUGACCUAUCCAGGCUGUACCGCGGGCUUUGUCUUCCUCCCACAUUCCCCAUCCCCUCCCGCUGUUCAUCAGACUUAGAAGAAGGAGGAGAUGACUCUGGGUCAAUGUCACAUCGAAGAUUUAAAAUCAUUAAUUAAAUAAACCUUGGCUUUCAAGUGA